CCGAUGUUCUAUGGGCACGAGGGUAGAGGUCCCUGCAUUUUGCUCGCUCCUUCAGAUAUGGGUGUGGACUAGGUUGAGACCUUUUCAGCCCAUACCAGCUCACCCUCCCGCUGACUAUCUUACUGUGCCGAUGCCAUACAUGCGGAGAUGGUCGCGAGGCGUACGCCGACAUACGGAGACGCACCACAGCCUUCUCCCGUUUAGGGAUCAUCUAAACCGCAUGAUGGCGCAGACGGCUUUUAUAUGGACGUCGUAUGAUCAUAUUUUGGAUGAGCUGCCGGCGUUUUGUAGGGCUGGUCAGCACAUAUGGAUGUCGCGGUGUCCAUUGAUACAUAUGGAUAUCGUUGAGUAUCACACGCCCGACCGCAUGUUACGGCAGUUUGGGUAUGUACAAAAUAUAGCCGCGGCUACGGAUUGGGAGCAUGGCCACUAUGUGAGGGACGAGCGUGCGGACGUCGAUGAUACAUGGCGACUCCAUAUGCAGCAGCAGGUCCAGAGUUGGGAUGUGAGGAUGACGAGCCUAGCGGUGGUCGGACAUGACACUCUGAUCCAUGUGUACAUGGAGUGGUACAUGCGGAUCACUCACAUCAUUAUUGGCAACCCCUCUAGGCGUCGUCCAGAUGGCCUGGGAUAUGUAGCUCUUGCAGGAGCGUACGAGGCGCUGGUACGGACCGUUCAAACGAUGCGCUAUGAGAGCACUACACGUACAGAGGCCCCCGAGACAGCGGAGUAUGUAAGACGGAUGAUUGAGCUUGCGCCGGGGCGACGGUAUGGGACAGAUUAUGUGCCCUGGCCUUCAUUUCCACAUCCACCUGUUCGUGAUCCACAGGGUGAGCGGCCGGUUCGUGAUCUACAGGGUGGCUUACAUCUGGACUUCGACGACUCCAUGUUCGAGGACUUCGUGUUUGAUACGGCACCAUCUGCAUCUCCUGCUCUGGGGGCCGCUCAGGAGCCUUCUUACCAGGCAUCUCAGGAGGUUCAUUCUUCUACGCCUGUGGACCCAUCACCGGGGCCCACUCAAGAGACCGUUGAGGAGCCAGCUCAGGAGCCCUCUUGUCACGACCCAACCCCUCACGACUAG